GGCGCAUUCCAGGAGAUGCUGCUGCUUCUCCUCGUCCUUGUUGGCGAGCGCGAGCGCGAGCCUCCUGCGGGAGGCGGCGGCGGCGGCAGUGGCGGCGGAGGGGGAGGGGGAGGGGGAGGGGUGCGGCCGUGGGCGUCGGCGACGUCGGUGUCGGCGUCGGGGAAGAGGAUACAGAAGGAGAUGCUGGAGCUCAACGCCGAUCCCCCCGCCGACUGCUCCGCCGGCCCCAAGGGCGACAACCUCUACCACUGGCUCUCCACCCUCAUCGGCCCCUCCGGUUCACCAUAUGAAGGCGGCAUAUUUUUCCUCGACAUUAUAUUUCCAUCGGAAUAUCCGUUCAAACCCCCAAUGGUGACUUUCAAAACACGAAUAUACCACUGCAAUGUUGAUUCUGCAGGCAAAUUAAGUUUGGACAUUUUGAAGGACGGGUGGAGCCCAACUCUGACAAUUUCAAAGGUCUUAUUGGCGAUCAAAAAUAUCAUCACAAAUCCUGAUCCAUAUAACCCUCUUGUCUCGAGCAUCGCUCGCUUGUACUUGACUGAUAGAGCCAAGCAUGAUGAAAUAGCUGCAGAGUGGACAAUCAGAUUCGCUAGAUAGAGAGAUUUUAAGUUUCAAGAUAUCUCUUUCGCUGAAAAAGGGUCACCGAGAUUAGUAUUCCACGUUUCGCAGGUACCGCGUUGUGGGCGAUAUAGGAUUUCGAUUGACCGGCUUGGUGAUGAUUCCAAUUAAUGGAGCUUAUGGCACACUGCAACAAAGGGUUCAUUUAGACACUUAUUUUGUCAUAAUUGUUCGCAGUUUGUAACUUUUGUUGUUAAGUAUCUUGUAACCUCGAUCUAGUUUGAUUUAAAAGAAUCACGCUCCCCGCAAGGUUUCGGUUAACGAUGAACUGUAAAAGAGAUUUCCCAGCUAGUACAGUAUCUUUCUCCGUUUAAUUGUAGUCUAGUAAAGAAAAUCAUGAACAUGUAUAGAAUGUUUCUGAAAUUGUUGGAGCUGUGGUUAUCUUCUUCGUGA